GGAGCUAACGAGCUAAUUGUGCUAUUCUCAGAGGUAAAUAUUGUGUUCACAAUGGAUCAUUCUCUAAGUGAUGAGGAACAGCGGCAGUUGCUUGCAUGGGUAGAUAAUAUACCCUUUUCCAGGCCCAAAAGAAACAUCAUCAGGGACUUCAGUGAUGGAGUGAUGAUUGCGGAGAUAAUUCAGCAUUUUUUCCCAAAGUUUGUUGACCUCCACAACUAUAGCAGUUGCUGCAAAAUUCAGCAGAAACUUAGCAACUGGAGCCUUCUAAACAAGAGGGUGUUUCCCAAGUUGGACAUUUAUGUACCAGAGGAGACGGUAAAGAAGAUUGUUGUAAGCACCCCUGGAGUUAUAAUUCCUGUGCUGAACAUCCUCAAGAAGAAGAUAGAGGAGAAAAGGGAGCAAACAACCAACAACUCACCACAAUACUUUUACACCGGGAGCCAGGAGAAGCCCCUUUCAGAUCUAGAAAUUCAACGGGCUGAAGCAAGAAUUGUGGCUCAGCUGGAAGAGAUAAAGAUCCCAGAAUCAAAAUUAAAAGAGAAGAAUGUGACAUUUUACACAGAGAUGGACAGUAAAAUGAUGCUGCGGCAAAUCCUGAUGGAAAAAGAGCUUCAGAUCCAGGAUCUACAGGAAACUGUGAAGGUCCUGCAGGUGAAAGUGAGCAAGCUGGAAGACCUGGUUGCACUGAAGGACAGGCGCAUUGAACAUCUGACCUGUCUCCCCGAGGUGUACAAAACAAAACUACAGUUGGCUGAUUAAUAAAAAGAAGACACCUCACUUUCAAGUUUAAACUUCUUUUUUGUCCUUGCUUUCAGGUUUAAACUUCUUUUAUGUGCUAGCUGAAGUUUGUCUAUUAGUAAAAAAAAUUUGGUUCAGUGGUUCCAGCCUUGAUUAUGUGAUAUUUACAUUAAAAAUCCCUAAGAUGAUGGAAUCAGUUGUUAAUUAUGUUAAGAAAGUGUGAUAAGUUACUAUCUGAACUUUGAGAUUACUUAUUUUUUUUGUCUCGUCUUCAGACUCGUGUUUUAAAUCAUCAAACUUCAGUAAGAUCACCCAACAAAAAUCCAAAAAGAAGUUCCAAGCUGAUGAUUCAAUAAAAAUAAAAAAAAAACAAUUACAAGACUAUACAAACCAUCUAAAGUGUUGCUCUUAUAAAAAAUAAACCCCUUAAGCUUUUGAUAUAACAAGCAUUUAAUCGUUUAUGUCACUGAAAAGGAUUGUUGGCCCGUAUUUGCUGAUUUGUUUUCAUUUAGUGUUUGUUUUGGGAAAGAAUCUUAAGCAUGUAUAGCCUGUAAGAGGUCACGCCACAGUUCAUCAAUUUUAAGUAUAAACUUUGUCCAGGCAACUCCAGCAUUUAUAUUAAGAGAUAUGGUUUGCUCUGGAUAAAUGUGAUGUGCUUAAAAGUAUAGAGAAGGAUGUUCCUUUUCUAGGUGGAUCAUCAAAAUAAGUGGUCCUCCUAAUUGCCAUUCUAUGUUUAUGUAAGGCCCAUCCUCAGUGCUCAUCGCUAUUUUCACUUA